ACACUGCACAGAGACUCUACUGCUGAGCUUGUUGUUGGUACAGUUUCAUCACUCACCAUUAGCUUAAUGAGGACUGACGAUGAUAAAGACCUCAGAGGAGUGGAUCUGCAGUGUGAGUCUGCAGGCUGGCAUCCAGAGCCUGAGGUGUUGUGGCUGGACGGUGAGGGAAACCUCGUCUCUGCUGGACCUCCAGAGACAGUCAGAGGUCCUGAUGACCUCUAUACUGUCAGCAGCAGAGUGACUGUGGAGAAGAGACACGGCAACAGCUUCACCUGUGAUUUCCUAAAUGCUGCAUGCAGACCUGCUGCUCCCAUCACCAUCAGCUUGGCUGUGGUUUUCAUGGUUAUUCCUUUAGUUGUCUUUAUUGUCUGGAAAUGGAGACGGAAACAAAAAAGACAGUCUGUUAGAACGAGCAACAACUUUACAACACCUUCAAGAAACAACACAGACAUUCCCUUGCUCAUGAGGGAGAAGAGAGAAACACUGCCGAUCAUGUUGGAGAACAUGGACAUCAAGGAUUUGGAUGAGACAAAAGCAAAGCUUGAUGCAGAGUUAAAGGCAGUGGAGGAAGAGCGUAAAGAUGUGGUAGGAGCUGUUCAUUUAUUAAUGGGUCAAAAGAAGGAUCUGGAGAACCAGGAACAUGACCUCAGAUUAGAACUGCAGAAGUUAGAGAAAAACAGGUUUGAGAACCAGUGUCAGUUUCUGUCACUGCAAAGGAAAUCAGAACUGAUAAAUGAAGAUGAUACUGAAUGCUCAGCAGAGAAACAGAAUGAAAAACAGAUUUUAGAAACCAAAACUAAACUUGACACAGUAAAGAAGGAACUGGAGAAUAAAAUACGGACCACAGACACGUUUUUAAAGUCAACACUGUGUGGAAUUAAUGUAGUGACACGGAGGAAGACAAUGUUAGACGAUGACGAGGAGCAGAUUAAUCAACAACUGGAAGAGAUAGAAAAGCAGAGAGAGGAAAUUCAAAAGAGCCUCAGGUCAGAACAUUCAGAGGCAUAAAGACAAACAGGAUCAUUCAUCUCGUCAUAGAUCUUAAAGGCACUAUGUGUAAGCACAUGUGUGUUUACCUCCAUCAGCCUAUCUAAGUAUGUCCGUAAGCUCCAAAAUUCUCAUUUACAUAUACAUUGCGACCGGUGUCUCAUCAUGUACGUGCGCCAUCUUGAAAAUACAGGUAUGUACAGGGACAUACUUGAGAAAUACGGAAUCGCCUUUCACGUUUUCACUUGUCGGUUUCUGCCUGAGUGACGAAAAGCAGCAGCAAGCAGGCUAGUCACAAGUGCCGGUGCAUUUGAAAACAGGCAAAAAGGCAACGUGACCGGCGAUUUCAAAAAACAAGGGUCAGCAUCGGAGUAGCCUUUCCCAGUUGGCGGGAGCUGCUGAAGGAGAAUAACAGCUAACAGCGGCUAACAGCUGUUAGCGACCAGCGUCGCUAACAGCGCCGCUAACAGCACUAACAGCGCUAACAGUCAACUGGCGUCGUGUGUGUCUGUGUAGGAGCCUGAAUGAAUACUACAUGAAGUAUCGGAUGACAUGGUUUCAUCAAUGUUAUCAUAGCUUUUUCGUACAGAUUGGCUAACGUUGUUGCAAUAUGGUUUUGAAACAGUGAGGCGCUAGAGUGCGCUAUCCGUUUGAAUGCAAUAUAUGAUCUCAACACUAGACAGGAGAAAUUCCUACACAGCUCCCGUUUAAACAGAAGCAGUCAGUUUUACUGGCAGGUUAUGAAACCGUGACAGAGCGCAGGAAGAGGCUGAGCAUUUCUUCAACCUUUAACUCUUUAACCCUCAAGAAAGCCUCUUACCUGACAGGGACCUCUAGUGGUCAUGUGAUGUAUGACUGUUGUCUGUCAGGAGCAAAUGUGAAAGUAGUGUGAUGUUAUUACUCAGUCACAGAUCGUCUCUUUAAACAAUCGCUGUGAUCAUUCUGUAUCGCACUAUGGGAAGCACCUUCAGGCACUUGGUUAUCAGAGAACCGGGGUUAUCCUGGUAACCUAAAGAUAUCAAAAGCAGCUUUGUCCAGACUUUUAGCCAAAUUAGAGGUCUACCUACUUUAAAGAAGAUGGGAUCCUAUAACACCAGUACUGCCCUCCCUCCACUGGCUUCUUGUCUGUUUAAAGAUUGAUCUUUGCUUGUCUGUAAACAGUCUGGGUUAUGUUACGGUAUCAUGUUAUAUUCUAUGGUUCUGGUUGGUGUUUGCUUCUGUAUUAAUCUGUUUUUGUAUUCUGUGCCUGUUCAGGUCGACUGCAGCUGCUUUUAGAUGUUCUUUACAAAUAAAGUUUGGCUGGUGUCGACUUCCUUUCAUGAGUCUUAUUUUGGUUUACCCUAACCUCAGUCAGCUGGUCAGUUUGGUCCAGACCCAAAUAUCUC